AGAGUAUUUUCACUGUUUGGUACACUUUUCCCACCGCUACCGCAGCAGCGGCAGUGUUAUCUCGCGUAUUAAAAACUACAAAAAAACACACAUUACAUUUACGUUGUUUCAAAUGGAUAAGAGCGAGGAUGAGAUGGAAGAGGAUGAAACCGAGUGGAGGAGCAGUUUCGUGGAUUCAGUCCCACUCAGCCCCGCUGCAGCAGCUGCUGCUGCUUCAGGUCCAAACCUCAAUAAGAAAUCAGUACCAACACCUGCACACAGAGUCAUUCUGCACUUUGACCUGGACUGUUUCUAUGCUCAGGUGGAAAUGAUCAGAAACCCAGCACUGAGAGAAGUGGCUUUAGGUAUUCAGCAGAAAUACAUCAUAGUCACCUGUAACUAUGUGGCAAGGGAGCAGGGGGUCACCAAGCUGAUGUCUGUGACCGAUGCUAAGGAGAAAUGUCCUCAGCUGGUGUUGGUUAAAGGAGAAGACCUGACACACUACAGAGACAUGUCCUAUAAAGUGACAGAGCUGCUGAUGUCCUACUGUCCACUGGUAGAGAGACUUGGAUUUGAUGAAAACUUCAUGGACAUAACAAAGAUGGUAGAAACAAGGCUGGCAGAGACCCCGGAGUCUAGAAAUCUUUCAUUUAAAGGACAUGUCUACAACCAUUUCAGUGCAGCUGUUGAAGCCAGUGAUCAUCCAAGGCUGGCUUUAGGUUCACACAUCGCAGCAGAGCUGAGAAAAGCCAUCCACAGUAAACUGGGUCUGACUGGUUGUGCUGGCAUCGCCACAAACAAGCUACUGGCCAAACUGGUGUCGGGCACCUUCAAACCCAACCAGCAAACUACGCUGCUGCCGGAGAACAUCAGUGACAUCAUUGGCUGCCUGAGCGGUCUCCGCAAAGUACCGGGGGUGGGUCACCAAACCGCUAAGAGGCUUCAAGCAUUGGGAUUGGUCAGUGUGAAAGACCUACAGCUCUUCCCAUUGAAUGACUUGGUGAGAGAGUUUGGAGGUCCCAGUGCUCAGCGCUUGAAGAAUCUGGCCCUUGGUGUUGAUGACUCACCUGUAACUCCAUCUGGCGCCCCUCAGUCUCUCAGUGACGAAGACUCCUUCAAGAAAAUAUCAUCAACCAAAGACGUUUUGGAAAAAAUUCAAGAACUCCUGAGCAAUCUGGUGGAGAGGAUGCACAAAGAUGGCAGGCUCCCUCAAACCUUCCGGCUUACCAUCCGUAGAUACUCGGCGACCAACAAGUGGUUCAGUAGGGAGAGCCGGCAGUCUCCAAUCCCCACUCACAUAGGACAGAAGAUCACCUCGGGCAGCAGUGAUGAUGCUGUGCUCCAGCUGGUCCCAUUGGCCAUGAAGUUGUUCCACAAGAUGGUGGACAGCAGCGCCAGCUUCCACCUCACCCUCAUUAACGUUUGCUUCAGUAACCUGCAGACCAGGGGAGCUGCCGUCAGUGGAAAGGGCUCCAUAACGUCUUUCUUCACACAUAACACGUCUCCCAGAAAAACACGACUCCUCUCAACACAAAGCCAGGAUGAUUCAUCUGAGAGUGGGGACAGUCACUGUAUGGAUCAUCAGUUCAGCACACACAGCGGGAUUUCUCAACACGCCUCACCGAAGACAGUCCCCACAAAAACUCACAGUUCUGAUGCAGCAUUACAUGGGUUUAAAAGAAAACAGAGCCCCGUUGUUGUUGCUGUAGAAGACCAUCUGCUUCAGGAAGUACCCUGCAGCACAGCGAGAUCAGACUCUGAUGAAACAGAUAACAUGGUGACACAUCAAUUGCCCCCGUAUGUUGACCCAGAAGUGUUCAAGCUUCUCCCUGAGGAAAUCCAAAAGGAGCUCUUAUCUCCCGCCUACACAAACUCUCUCCCUAGCACUUCAAUGAGCUCAGAUGCAGCUGUUGAUGUCUCCCACAUAAAAAACAAGUCUCCACAGACGAUUAAAGAUUCACAAAAUAUUCAAGACAUGAAGGAGGCUGCAAACAAAUUGGUUCCAUCUGACAGGUCGACCACCGUGAAUGACCAGAGUCCAGGGGGCACAAGUGCAUUUCCAGGAGAAAACGUCAUGGAAGAGGGGAGACUGUCAUUCCCUGAGUCUUCUGACUGUGUGUUACCAGGAAAUGUGGACCCUGAGGUGUUUUCGGAGCUUCCGCCGGAUGUUCAAAGGGAGUUGUUGUCUGAAUGGAAGCAACAGAAGCCAGUCCUGAAGACCGCCUCGUCCAGGAAACCAGGGAGAGGCUUGAUGACCAAAGACAGAAAGCCUGCAGGAAAAAGCAGUCAGGCAAAUAAUUUGUUGAAGUAUUUCAAACCCAGUUAGAGAUGGCCUUUGACAAGUUAUAUGAUGUUACGUUAUGCUAUUUAUCUUAAAGAAAGUAUGUUAUGUCUUAGUGUUCUCAUGUGAUACAUACACAGAGUUAACAAAAUAAAAGAAACACUUUACAGUA